AUGUAUACCUGUGGAAAUCGAAAAGUGAUCCCAAAUAUGCCGGAUUUGAUUCUUCGUAAAAUUUUCGAUCAGUAUGAUUAUCCGGUUUUAUGCAAAAUGGAGCGAGUUUGCAAACGAUGGAUGAAUAUUAUUAGUGCGAAAUUUCGGAAGGAGAUUCAUGAAGUUUCCAUUGAGAGGCUGGGCUCCAUGUUUCCCCAAGCCCAUCAAUGCGUUCCUUUCCGUCGUUUAUCCAUCAGCUGCCCAUCCGAUUCGCAUGAUUUCCUGGCUGGCGUAUUCCGUCGAAGCCGUCUCUCGUUCAUGAAAAUGACGACGGACCUAAAUUUCCUUGCUGGAAUCGAUCAGAUCCAUGUAACUAAAGACAAUGGCCGCCGCUAUUUUUCGAAUGUUGAAGAUCUUUGGCUUCUGAUUAUCCACCCUGACGACGAAGUUACUCAACGAUUUCUCAAUAUCGAGGGUACCCUUUUUAGCGAACUACAACAACUUACCCUUCAAGUCCAUGUCGACCCUCGUCACUAUAAAAACGUUGGAGAAAUUGUGAAAAGUUUCAUCCUUCGUUACCCAAAAUCGAAUAUCAAUUUGGAGUUGCAUGCCGAAAAAUCGAUGCACAUUUUGAAUCAGAUCAGUGUUCUUCCCUCGUUGCCAUUGUACAAAAUCAAACUGAUUUGUACUGAUUUCGAUCAGCCACAACUCAGAUUGGAUCAAUUGUACGCGGUUAUGAGGGAGCAAAAUAUUCAAGCGAAGAAUAUUACCAUGAGAGAUUGGUCUCUAUUUGCUGACGGCACGACUCCCGUCUCCUACAACCCUUUGGACACCUUCAGAAUCUCUUCGUGCUCCAUUGAAACCGUCGAUAAUCUAGUUCGAAGUCUCCAAAUGACAGCUUCUCAAUCCACUCAACCAGAAGGCGUUCCACCGGCAAAAAAGAAGAAAGUGGUUAAGAAGAAAAAGGAAACAGAAGUUGUGACUGAAGAAGGAUUGGUUUCGAAACCAAAAAAGAAGAUUGUGAAGAAAAUAGUAAAGAAAAAGAAGCCAGUUGCGUUUAUCAAAAAGUUGGAAGUGGCUGGGCAGUGUACACUCCAUGGGCUCACUUUCUUACAGCAAAAAGCGCAUACCGAACUGGAACGACGUCUGACAACUGUGAUUCCCGAAUUGAACGUAGACUGUAGUGAAAUAUAUUAUUGCUGGUAG